GCUCAUCUCUGCUGGACAGUAGGAGCCGUUCACUCCACACACUGACAACAUGCUGGGGACACUCUGCACUCUCAUCACGGCUCUGGCAUGUGUGAGUGGCGUCACUGUAGUGACCCAGAAGCCUCCUGUUCUCACCGUGAGGAAAGGAGAGACAGCCACGCUGCACUGCAACCUGGGAACUGUGACUGGCAAUUAUGCUUGGUGGUAUAAACAGAUUCCAGGAGAAACUCCACAGUACAUGUUGAUGUUUUAUCGCAGUAACAGUUCUCCUACAUAUGGAUCUGGCUUCUCAGCACCUAAAUUUGAUUCAAAACAUUCCUCUCAGACUGACUACAGUUUGAUCAUUAACACUGUAGAGGUGGGAGACUCUGCUGUGUAUUACUGUAACACAGGGGACGGCAAUGAGAACAUUGUGGUAUUCGGACAAGGCACCAAGCUGAUUGUAACUGACUCGGCGCUGCCCGCUGCGUCUCUGACCCUCUUUCCUCCGUCCAGCGCGGAGCUGCAGGCCGACAGAGUCACUGUGGUGUGUGUGGCAGAGGACCUGCCCACGGGCUUUGCUGAGGUCAGCUGGGCGGUCAGUGGGAACCCGGUCAGCAGCGGCAUCAGCACCGGCUCCCCUCAGCAGCAGCCCAACAAGAAGUUCCGGCUCAGCAGCCUCCUGACCAUCCAGACGGCCGACUGGACCAGCGACAAAGACGUGUCCUGCCAGGUGGCCAGUGCCAGCUCCACAGCCUCCAAGAGCAUCAAGCAGUCAAACUGCAGCAACUGAGGCCAACGGAUUGCAACGGAUGCAGCAACUGAGGCCAAUUUUACAGAGGAUAAAUGCGUCUGGUUGAAGUCUUUUAUACGUUUUUAAGAGCUGUAACGAUUUGAACCCUUUUUGGACUAUCUACAUAUUACAUUUGCAAGAUUACACAUUCCUUUGAAUACUCCAUAAUGUUGU